CUGAACGCUAUAUCGAGUCUCUGGCCUGCUUGGGCCGUCCGUAUCUGCCGCAGGCAUCCGCUCAACUUUGAAUAUCGUCCGCCGGGACUGCAGCUUGAUCGCAAUGGGUCUCCUCUUCCUCGGAACGCCUCUUCAAUGGGAUGAGGCCAAGCAGUAUGCCGAUCAUGUCAGGACCCACGGGAUCACUCAGUUCCUGAACAUCUGGGAUCGUCUCAAGGAUAGGUACGGAGACGAGCUGCUUUGGGGGGACGAGAUCGAGUACAUGGUCGCCGCCUUCGACGAUCAAGAAAAGAACGUUAAGCUCUCCCUCCGUCAGACUGAGAUCCUCGCGAAGCUGCAGUCCAUCGUGAACGACAUCGCGUCCGAUCGCAGCGAGACUCGCUCUGUGCCCACCUUCCAUCCGGAGUAUGGACGGUUCAUGCUCGAGUCGACUCCAGGAUCGCCGUACACAGGCGAGAUCCGCGACCUGCUGGCGGUGGAGAGCAACAUGCGCUAUCGCCGCCACCUCGCGCGCAAGCACCUAAAGUCUACCGAAGUGCCGUUCACAAUGACGUCGUUUCCGCGCCUCGGGAUUCCUGGCGUCUUCACCGAACCGUAUUUCGACCCUGCGGAUGCCGUGUCAAGCCAUAGCCUUUUCCUACCUGAGGAGAUCACAAACCCCCAUGCACGUUUCCCCACCCUCACGGCUAACAUCCGGCGGAGACGAGGCUCGAAGGUGGCGAUCAAUCUGCCGCUGUUCAUUGACGACCGUACCCCGAGGCCAUUUGUGGAUCGGACGAUUCCGUGGCAGAGGAACAUCUAUCCGGAAGAUCCAGAGGCGAAGAAUGGCGCUGCGCUUCUAGACCAUAUCUACAUGGACGCGAUGGGAUUCGGCAUGGGGUGUAGCUGUCUGCAGCUCACAUUCCAAGCAUGUAACAUCACCGAGGCGAGGAGGUUAUACGAUGCACUCGUACCCGUUGCCCCGCUCCUGCUCGCGUUAAGCGCGGCAAGUCCGCUCUGGAGAGGCUACAUCGCAGAUGUCGACUGCAGAUGGGACGUCGUCUCGGGCAGUGUUGAUGACCGAACCGAAGAGGAACGUGGACUUAAGCCUUUGAAAGAGAGCCGCUUCAAGAUUCCCAAAUCACGCUACGCAAGCGUGAGCUUAUACAUUUCAGAGUAUUGGAUGAACCAGCCGGCAUAUAAUGAUAUAGACGCGCCCCAUGACCCAGCCAUUUUUGAACGGCUUCGCAAUCAUGGCGUUGACGAGUUGCUUUCACGACACAUUGCGCAUUUAUUUAUUCGAGAUCCACUUGUAAUAUUCUCCGAGACGAUACACCAAGACGACACGACAAGUAAUGAUCACUUCGAGAACAUACAAUCCACCAACUGGCAGACACUUCGUUUCAAGCCGCCUCCGCCGAACUCGCCGAUUGGAUGGCGGGUUGAGUUCCGGCCAAUGGAAGUUCAGAUCACGGACUUUGAGAAUGCCGCGUUCGCUGUUUUCAUCGUUCUGCUAUCGCGCGCUAUGCUGCACUUCAACCUCAACCUGUAUAUCCCGAUCUCCAAGGUGGACGAGAACAUGGCGCGGGCGCAGCGACGGGACGCCGUUCGGUCCGAAAAGUUCUUCUUCCGCAAGGACGUCUUCCCUUCAGCGUCCUCCCGCCCGUCCAGCGUGGCGUCGUCGAUACCGAGCUCCCCGAUCAGCGAGCACGGCGGGCCGAUCCACGUGAAUGGGAUCAACGGCAAGGAGAAGAAGCUGCGAAACUGCUUCCCGUUGCCGCCCAGGCCCGACGACGCGUACUUUGCAGGCAGCGUGCACGAGGAGUACGAGGAGAUGACGAUGGUAGAGAUCAUGAACGGCAAGGGUACCACAUUCCCGGGCCUGCUGAACCUUGUAUACAUGUACCUGGAUACGCUUGACGUGGACGACGAGUCCCGUCGCCGGAUCGAAGAAUACCUCGAUUUGAUCCGCAGGAGGACCAACGGCUCGCUCCGGACGGCAGCGAGCUGGAUCCGAGAGUUCGUUCGGACGCACCCGGCGUACAAGUUCGACUCGGUGGUGUCACAGGAGAUCAAUUAUGAUCUCAUGGUCGCCAUAGAUGAAAUGUGAGUUUCGCGUGGUCGUGCCCGGCGUGUCGCAGGAGAAAGAGGUCGUGCUCGACCAAGCCAAUGCUGACGAGCCGUGCCUUCGUUUCGCAUGACAGAGAGCGCGGGUUGCGAAAGGCCCCGGACUUCCUUCCGGCCAACUGUCGGCCGCGGGAUUAGAUUUACUAGAAGCGCGAUACACAGAAACAGGAAGACAUACCGCUGGGAUAACAAGGACAGGAGCAGCAGUAAUUGGACCAAAUUUUGGAAGUAGAUGUCGCGGUUUGGAUUGUUUGGCGCGAUCAGUACGGGUUGAGGUUUGGUCAUAGGCAAGUCAUAGCAGUUACAAAGUCUGUAUCGUUAUGUUCUAUUUCUGGGCAUUCAGUGACCCUCGUUGCGCAAAGCGUGUAUUGAGGUAUGAAAUAUACAGUGAAAGUGUC